AUGAUGGCAACACAAAUGGCGACCGCCAUACCCAAACGACGCGCUCGUUUGCUGAGCUGUUUGGUGCUCCUGCUCAGCAUGCCUUUGCUUCAGAGCCCUGGUCAUGCCAACGUCAUGGCCAGCCAAGCCGCGGGCAACGAAGCAGUGCUUGCUGGCGCCAUGCCGAAAGUGUUCGCGGCAACAAGGUAUUGGAACGCUGCGCACCCACAACCACCAGGACACAAUGCCCAGCAUCCAGACUUCAGUGGAGUUUGGCAGCUGGAGCGCAGUGAGAACCUCAGCGGCUUCAUGCAGGCUAUCGGCUACAACGUUCUCCUGGCCAAGGCCGCCGGUCUCGCCCGCGUCAAGCAGACCAUCGAGCAGAAGGUGACGGAGCUGCACUUCGUCUUCGAGGUCAACCCUCCUUUGCUGUCACCUCGCCGGGAGUUCGUGGUGCCGAUCGGCGCCCCCGAGGUCCUGAUGAGCGACGAUGCUGGUCGGGACAUGCUUCUGCUGAAUCCCGUGUGGCAGGGUGACAUCUUCAGCGCCGGCCUACGAUACGUGAACCCCAAGCACGACCUGACGAUUGAUCGCUACAUGGAGGAUGGGAGAAUGGUGGAGCACGUGCGCUACCCCGAGCGGGGGAUUGAGAUGCGCCGGAUCUUUCGCAAGGGCUGCUAG